UUUCCGUGAUGAGUGCCCGCGCCCUGGCCCGCCCAUUAAAAUUAGACACGGAACAAGGAAACGAAAAUCUUUGAGCUGUGCAUCUUUCACUCACACCGUAGUCCUUUUGCUUUCUUCUGGCAAUAACACUUCCCGGAUAUAUCACAUACAAACCGGACACAGCCAUGUCUGAUGGGGAAGCAGUGACAUUCAAGGCCGUAGAACUGGACCAUCCAGAACUAGGACCAGAGGCCCAGGCAUCCCCUCAGGUGGAUCCGCCACAGACCUCCGCACUGCCCCAGCCCCAGAACUGGACAGACUCCCGGGCCCUGGAGGGAGGUCCUCCAGGGCAGCAACCAGAGGACAAGGCUCCUGCCACUGUCGUAGCACCUGGGUCUGGCGCUGAGGUGGCAGCCGGCCAGUGGAGCUCUGCAAUGGAUCAGUUCAAACUCAAGAGGUUCUUUGUUCUGAGGCCCGGUACUCUGAACCAAGCCCUGCAAGACAUUCACGCUCUGGUCGACCCGAAGGAGGAUGGCCCCGUCCAGAGCGCCUGGCUGAUGGCUGAGGUGGACCACUGGAACAAUGAGCGAGAGCGCGUGGUCCUCAUCACAGAGAACUCCCUGUUGCUGUGUAAGUAUGACUUCGUCAUGCUCAACUGUGAACAGAUUCAGAGGAUCCCGCUCAACUUCAUAGACCGCAUCUCCUACGGCAACUUCAUCUUUCCUCAGCGCUCUCUCCUCAAGAGAGAAGAAGACGGUGUGCGUGUGUUCUGGGACAGGCUGAGGGAACCGUCGUUCGCGACUCGGUGGAACCCGUUUGCUACAGACUACCCCUUCAGCACCUUCACCUACCACCCUGUCAGGAAUACUGAUGAAAAGUUUACUGCCCUCUGUGAGAUCCAGACCUUCAGGGAGAAGCUGACAGAGGCAGCCCAGAAGGCACACCUAAGGAAGCCCAUCCCUGGGAAGGCCAACGGGGUCUUGGUCCUUAACCAGCCCUUACUCAUUGAGGCUUAUGUCGGUCUCAUGUCCUUUAUUGGGAACCAGAACAAGCUGGGCUACUCCCUCGCUCGGGGAAACAUAGGGUUUUAAACAGCACUUUUGCUAAACACUUCAGAAGUAUGCAGCUACUUGAUUACUUAAUCAUCGUUCAGAGUUGUUUCCAAGUUAUAUAUGAAGACAUAUUGUAUAUCAGAUUGAAGUUUUGGCUAGAAUUUUUUUUAAUGCGUAUUUCUGGUCGAUUUGUUUCUGUUCUCAGCUGCUUUGUUUACAUUUGUUUUAACUAUUUACUGUUUUGAAUUAAAUUGGUAUAUUUAUAUUUACGUUGCACUGUGAGAUUUUCAUCCAAAUCUCGAAUGUCUUUUAUAGUUCAAUAUAACAGUAUUUGUGGAUUUUAUUGUGUAUAUUUCUUGGGGGGAAAAGUGCCUAAGUGUCCUUAAGGCCAGGAUAAGAGUUAACUGGUGAGAGACGAUACCCUCAUAGCUGUGUUUGACACCAUGUUAAAUUGUGUAAGUUCAGAACGUGUUGUGUAAAGACAGUAUAGAAUUGUACAGAACUAUUAGGCUAGUAAUAUGACUGCGUAACCUGUGAUACUGUCGAAGAUUUUCCAAACACCUAGGUCUGUUUGUGGAUUAGACAGAUCUGGACCACUUCCACAUUGGACGCCAACCUUUGAAGGCACCCGCUAUGCAGAUCACAGCAAAAGCGUAUCUGAUUAAACUGGCCUCUAAAAGUGUAAAGUUGAGUAUAGUUUUCUGCUGUUGUGAAUACCUAAAGGACGAAAGGAGAAUGUACUGUCAUUUCAUACCGUUUCAUACACCAUGCCAAGUGGUUUUCCGACUGUCAUCCAGCUGAUAAAGUUUAUACAGUACCCAUCCGUGACUCCCUCGUGCUGCUCUGAUUCACCAUUCUCUUCCCUGAUUAAGUAUUCACAGAGUAAAAACAGACAAAGAUCCACAUUUCACCAGCUCCUUUCACUGGAUGUUUGAUCCUCCCAUAGGGAGCUGUACAUUGGCUUCCUUCGAGAUGCUAUAAUAACUCACCACUGUUUGCAAUUCACAGUUGUCUCUCCACGUCCCUUUUUAGUGUGUCCCAAAUUCGACACCCUAUUUCUACGUAGUUCAAUAACUUUCACCAGGGCCAUAGGGGCCCUAGUGCACUACACAGGGGAAUAGGGUACAGAUUUGGGACGCAGGAGAGAUGAUCCCUGCGUCAUGCUUUGUCUUACAGUUUCGAUGGUGCAUGAGGGUUUGUUUUGGCAGCGCUGUUUAAGGGUUUAUAGGGUAUUAUU